AUGCUGUCAACGACGGCACUGCUCUUCAUUCUCCGCCUCUCCUGCCUGGCGAGGGCUGUCCCCAGCCCGCUCGGCGGAGAGCGGGAGGCAUUGCCAUCAACGACGACACACGAUUUCGAUGCCGUGGUUGUGGGCGGUGGACCGGCAGGACUGGCCGCGCUCAGUGCCCUCGGCCGCGUGCGACGCUCGGCGUUGCUCAUCGACUCGGGCGAGUAUCGCAACGGCCCUACGCGGCGAAUACACGACGUCGUCGGGUUUGACGGAGUGACGGCGGCGUACUUUCGAUGGUCGGCUCGUCAGCAGCUCGUCCACUACCGAACCGUCGAUGCCGUAAACGGAACCGUGACGAGCAUCCGGCCCGAGGCCAACGACACGUCCUUUACCGUCACGGCCAAGACGUUCCAAGGCUCGACUUCGACCUACACGGCUCGCAAGAUCGUCAUUGCCACCGGGCUGUGGGAUCUCCUGCCCCCCACGCCGGGCCUGCAGCAGAACUUCGGGCAGGGCAUCUACUGGUGUCCGUGGUGCGACGGCCACGAACACGCAGACCAGGCCAUGGGCAUCCUGGGCCGCUUCGACAAGACGGUAGAGGCCGUGGCCGAGGUGGCCACGCUCAACAGCGACGUCGUCAUCUUCGCAAACGGCUCCGACACGUACGAGAACCGGGCCCGCGCCGAGGCCGAGUUCGCCGAGAACUCGUCCGCGUACCUGGACAGGCGUCGGGUCAAGGUGGACAACCGGACCGUGACGCGCAUCACGAGGCUGCGAGACGGCCGGCGCGCAGAUAGGAACCCUGCGCUGCCGACUGCGCCCGAGUACGACUUGUUCCGCGUCGAGUUCGAGACGGGCGCUCCUGUUGAACGCGGCGUCCUGCUUACCGCCUUCGCGUGUGAGCAGCGGUCGAGCCUAGCCCGAAAGCUGGGCCUGAAGACGGACAAGAGCAAGAUUGUAGUCGACAAGGACAUGCGCACCAGCAUGCCGGGCGUGUACGCCGUCGGGGACGCGAACUCCGACUUGCGCACAAACAUCCUGCAUGCGCUGCACUCGGGGAAGUCGGCAGCCGUACAUCUUCACACCGAGCUCGAGAGGGAAAUCAGCAGAGGUCUGGCACCUCAUCAAGGUGCUUCGAGGCCGGGCGGCGCGGCGGGGAGCCCGGAGACGGGCGGCUCUUGGGACUCGGUCGACCAUGUCCAAGUACCUGGCCCUGACUCGCAAGCGAUUCUGCAUUCGUCGGAGACUGAUUAG